AUGUACAGGCGCAGCUACGUCUUCCAGACCCUCAAGGAGCAGUACAGGCGCUCCGAGGAGGCGCCGCGCUCCCCGAAGCCCGACGGCCUGGCCACGGGCGCAGGCGCGGCGCAGAGCCUGGCGGCGCUGCAGGGGCUCGGCCAGCGCGUGGCUGCCUACGUGCAGCGGGCCCGCGCUCUCGAGCAGCGCCACGCCGUCCUCCGCCGGCAGCUGGAUGCCUUCCGGUGCCUGGGCGACCUGCCCGACCCCGAGGAGGCCCUCGCCCGCCAAGUCGAGGGCAACCGCCAGCGCGUCCGGGACCUGGCGGCCGAGCGCGCGCGGCUGGAGCGCCAGGGCGCCGAGGCGCAGCGCGCGCUCGACGAGUUCCGGUGCAAGUAUGAAAAUGAGUGUGAAUGUCAGCUGCUGCUAAAAGAAAUGCUUGAACGGCUUAACAAGGAAGCAGAUGAAGGCUUACUGUAUAACCUUGGCCUUCAAAUCGAAGCCCAGUUUCUGCAGGACGAUAUCUUUGCAGCAAAGGACAGGUUCAAAAAGAAUCUUCUGGAAGUUCAGACCUAUGUCAGCAUCCUGCAGCAGAUCGUACAGGUGACCCCUCAAGCAUCUACCAUGCUGGGUGGAGUGGUGGAGGAGGAGCUCCUGACUGAACAGAAAGUUGCUGCCCUGCAGAGCCGGCUGGAGGAGAGCCAGGCCACCCUCUCCCACCUGCAGACGCAGAAGUCCAGGCUGCAAGCUGAGACAGCAGGCCUGGAGCAGGCAAUUAAAGAUGCUCAGGAGUGUUACGACGGUGAGAUCCAGCUUUAUAACGAACAGAUUGAAGGCCUGCGGAAGGAGAUCGAGGAGACCGAGAGGGCUCUGGAGAGGUCUUCCUAUGACUGCCGGCAGCUGGCAGUCGCCCAGCACACCCUGAAGGCAGAGCUGGACCGGUAUCAGCGCAUCAUUGAGAAUGAAGGCCACAGGCUUAACUCCGCCUUCACGGAAACUCCCGUCACCCUCUUCAUCCAGUGCCCCAGAGCGUCCCUCAGCCCUCUUCCUGGCGGGAAAGAUCUCACCAGGGCUGUGCAGGAUGUAACAACAGCCAAGCCAAGACAAAAAGGCCUCCUCAAGAAUGUUUCAAGGAGAAAGGAGAUCAUAGUUAAAGACAGAGCAGAUGAAGCUCUGGAAGACAUACCAUUCAGCGGUCUGGAAGACUCAGAGCAGGUGCAGGUGGUACUUCAAGAAGAAGGUGAAUUGAAGCUCGAAUCAGGGGCUGAGAAAGCAAGUUCCUCAAUGCAAGAAGGGGCUCCAGAGGACAUCCCCGAUGGAGGGCAGAUAAGCAAAGCCUUCGGAAAACUACACAAGAUGGUCAAGGACAGGGUGAGAAGCCCCAAAGAGCCUGAGCCCCCAGCCGACCUCUAUACUAAAGGGCGGUAUGUGCUGGUCACAGGGGACGCCAGUCAUGUGGACCCUGGGUUCUCUCCCUCCUCUAUCCCGGCCAAAGGUGGGGUGAUUGUUUCUACUGAGGAAGACUCUGUGCAUCCUGACAGCCCUGUGGAGCCUACUCCUGAGCAGCCCACGCCCCCUUUGGAGAAUGGACAAGAGGAUACCCAGGAGAGGGAAGAUGGGCACCCUGCCGACCAACCCACCACAGACGAGGAGAAGGAGAUAAAUGCUGAAGAGCUUAAAGGGCCUGAGGAGAAACAUGAUGGCCAGGAGGGUGAGGAGACUGGGAAGCCCCACGUCGAGGUCAUUCCAGAGGGACCAUCUACACCCCAAUCUGAAAAGCCUGAGGCCGACCAGGAUACCUCUGAGGGGCAUGGGUCUACCAGCAGUGACCUGAUAGGAAAAAGCCCUCCCAAGGCAUUGGCAUAUGAGAAGGUGGAAGUGAUGGAAUCCAUUGAGAAGUUUUCAUCUGAGAGCAUUCAGACAUAUGAAGAAACUGCCAUCAUUGUGGAGACCACAGUUGGAAAGACAAAGGCAAACAAGAAGAAACUGGGAGAGAAAGGCUCUUAAAAUGCCUAGGCUCAAAUGGAGCAAAUGUCUUUGGGAUGGGAAGUGCUUUGAUUUUUUAGAGCAGAUGAUCUAAGAGUGAAGGUUUUUGUUUGGAUUAGACCGUAGUUGACCCAUCUGGCAUUGCCAAUGAAGCCUGAAUUAAAAAAAUUUUUUUUCCUUGCACCAUCCUUUGUCUAAUUAAUAGGGGCCUUGGGAAUGUAGGUGGGUCCACCACACUUAGGACUAAGGCGUGAUGAAUAUUUUAAUGAGCAUGCUCUGUUAGAGGGCCACUAAACCAGACUUGUUUAGGAAAGAGAGAUUUGCCCUUCAUCAUGGUUCAUGCAGAAACUCAUCAGAGGCCCAGAUAGUGUCUGAAUUUCACACAGAAAUGCUAAUUGUUGACAUUUGGCUUACUUUCAUUCCAUUUCCAGCACAAGAGCAUGCUCCUGGUGGAUGAGUGUUUUGUUAAAGAUAAAAUGACUGGAGGUGUCUGUUUGGGUUCCCCCAAAGGCAGACCCUGAAGCCAGUAUUUGGAUGUGAGUAGUUCCUUUGGGACGAGAUCCCAGGAAGCACCAGUAGGGGAAUGGAGAAGUGUGACAAGGAGAGCCAGGUAGCCAGUAAAAGAUGUUAGUAUUUUCAGAGUUGUGUGACCAUCGCCACAGUCAAUUCCAGACUUUUUUAUCACCUCCAAGAGAAACCUGUAUCCUUUAGCUGUCACCCUUCAGCCCUCCCUCCCCUGUCCAUACUGAAUGUACUUUUGCAUAAAAAAACCAAAAACCAGUGAUUGUCGAGUCGAUUCUGAUUCACAGUGACCCUGUAGGACAGAGCAGAACUGCUCCCAUAAGAUACUUAAUAUUUUCUCAGUCAGAGAUGACAAUUUUAGGUCAUUGAAUUAUUAGUCCAACAAGCAUUUAUUGAGCAUGUUGUUAGGUGCCGUCGUGUCAGUUCCGACUCACGUGCCAAAUGGUAUGCUGCAUUGGUAAGGGGAGAUGUUUUCAGUUUAUCAAUGAUCUCAGUUUACUCUAACCCUGUCGUGUGUGUGUGCACACUCUUACACACCCACACAUACCCACACACAUGUGCAGCCAUGUCCUUACCCCGUGUCACAUCCUAAGAAAUAGAAAUUACUCAAAACUAGAAUCUUUACAAAAAUCUUAAUGUUACCUUUAGGCACCUAUUUUUUUCACUAAGAGUCCAAAAAUGUUUUUUUGUUUAUACCAAUUACAGUUUUUUUUU